UUCGUACGACUGGGGGGCGAGGCAGGUGCUUGGGGGAGGUUGUGGGUUUGGGAUGUGGUCGCUGGUGGGUUUUGGGGGAGACAGUCGUUUGUGGGGUUGAAGGAUGCUGUCCGGGCCGAUGAACGGCUCCCUGUGAGCCGUCACAGCGCCGGUCCCUGCGAGGCUCCCGGCCGGAACGGGGCCGCCCCGCCGGCGCUCGGGGCCGCAGCCGCCGCCUUCGCCCAGAGCCGCCCCGCGGCUCUGCGCAGGCCCCGCCGGGCCGGGCCGCCAUGUGGGUGUUCGGCUACGGCUCCCUCAUCUGGAAGGUGGAUUUCCCCUACCAGGAGAAGCUGGUGGGGCGCGUCCGCGGCUACAGCCGGCGCUUCUGGCAGGGCAGCACCGACCACCGCGGGGUGCCGGGCAAGCCUGGAAGAGUUGUGACCCUGGUUGAAGAUGCUGAGGGGUGCGUGUGGGGCGUUGCCUACAGAUUACCAGCUGGGAAGGAAGGAGAAGUGAAGGCCUACCUGGAUUUCCGGGAGAAGGGCGGCUACAGAACCACCACGGUCAUCUUCUACCCGAAGGACACGUCGGUGCAGCCCUUCGAUGUGCUGCUGUACAUCGGCACCUGCGACAACCCCAACUACCUGGGCCCCGCACCACUCGAGGACAUCGCGCGCCAGAUCCUGGGCGCCGCUGGGCCUAGUGGCAGGAAUACGGAAUACCUGUUUGAGCUGGCCAGCUCCAUCAGGAACCUCAUGCCAGAGGAUGUGGAUGAGCACCUCUUCUCCUUAGAGACACUGGUCAAGGAGCUCUUGAACAAGCACCAAAAUCUCAACUGUCUAUAAAGUAACCUCUUAACAGCCUGGUUCUGUCUUCAGAGGAGGGGUUUUGUCAGCCAUGGGUGUGUGGCAGGGAGGAAUGCUCCUCUGUAUUGUGCUAUCCUAAUUAAUAAUGCAUAUCUGAAUUAAUGCUGCAUUCAGAAUAGGAGUUGGUUACUUAAAACAAAAUUGCCAAAAUCAUUCUUUCAGGAGUCCAGAGAAAGGCGAGCAACAAAAGUGUUCUACGUUUGAAUUUGGUAUCUCAGCUUUUCAUCCAAAGACUACACCUCAAGACAACCACCUAAACUUCUCUUUAUGUUUUAUUAUUAUUUCAGGUUUAAAAUAAAUCUUUAGAAUAUUUUUGAGGUCAAAAUCAGCAUGCAGAGACAAGUUCCCUAGAUUUAAGUAAUAGUUUGUUCUGAUCCCGGACCGCAGUGCAGGAGUUUUAAGUGGUUGGCCUAAAUUGUGUAGUAGAACAUUUGUAUCAACAUUCAACUCCUCUGAAAUAAAGUGACACCACUGAAUUAGUCAUCUCACCCUUUAUAUGUUAAUUUAUCCUUAAAUGCAGAGGAUAAAUCAUUUUAUUGUAAAGGAAGUCAUUCCUUCUCUUGGCUGCUGAUGUCAAGCCCUGAAAACCAAAGCUCUGGGCACUCUGAUUCAAACAAGCCAUAACCUAUCAGUGCCUCAUUUUAAUUUUAAUCCUAAUAUAAAGACUAACCCCAAAGUAUUUAAGAGCAUGACUUGAAGUCGCAACACAGCAAGAAGAGAAACUCAUCUUUGUUUGUUACUUCAGGUGCUGUUGUGGACCCCAUCUCUUUGAAAAUCCCAGCUGCAAGGAUAGAUUUUAGUUUCAAGGAUUCACCAACAGAAGGUUAUUAAGGAAGGAACCCUCUCUCCAGUAACCUUAGGGGUGUGUAUGGACAUCCUGAAGGGUUGGGAGGCCCCCAGUUUAGGCCAGUAGGCUUCCUGAUGCAAACCAUCCCAACAUGGACUUGUCUUGCUCCUCAAAACUCUUUUAUGUUUAUUAACUUUUAACCAAGUAUAUUUUUAUAUUUUAAUAUAAAAGGUCCUGUUUCAAACACCAUGCAACAUCCUGUUUUCCCAUCCAGGGAAUGUGUUGCAGCCUGGAAGCCUGGAUUAUGCAUCAGUAAUUGCAAAAAAAGUGUGUUUUUUCCCUAAAAAGGUUGACCCUUUCUGUUCUUUACAUCUUCCUGGUUUAUAUUUGUAAAGGUAAAAGUGUGCAAUGGCACUCUCUUUCUUGAAAAAUCUUUUUAGAUUUAAAAAUUCUUUCCUCAAAGACUUAUCCUUGUUCCUUAAAACAGGGCAGGGGAUGCUUGUGCUGAGUAAGGAUCCAGAACCAUCAGGGCUGAUGCUCCCUUUAAAAUGCUAAUUAUUUAAGUACUGGGAUUCUGUGUAGCUCCACACUCUCUGUCUCCGUCUCCAAGGCUUUCUUGCAUUCUUGCAUUUGCUUCCCAAAUGCAUAAACCAUUGCAAUAAUACACGUUCCUGUGUACAACUUCAGUGCAAUCAAAAUGCAUUACAAUGACUAAUGGGGUUGGAAAUUUCCAGAAAUGUUGUUUAAAGUGUGUCUGUUUGAGGGUGGGACAUCAAGGUAUGUGUUCAUUGCGCCAUGCUGUAAAAUUGCUGCUGAGAAUGACAAACAACAUACGGGGGUACUAUAAACUGUGAGACAUUAGGAAUUAAUUAAAGCAUGAAAAAUAUAAAUAAA